UUCCAGAAGCCUCCCAUCGGUUUCCCAGAGCCCUGCAGGCUGCAGUCACGCUGAAUAAGAAGAUGAGAUGUUGUCCAAAAAGGUGAUAUGAGGCAAAUGCAAUUAACUGUUCUGUUCUUUCCGCGCUGCUUUUUAUUCACUCUUUUCAUGUCAGAGGGGAUUACGGAGACGGGAGGGGAGGACUCUACCUCUCGUUUUAUGUGUGUGUGGGAACGAGUACAAGAACGGGGCAGAAACAGGAUCUCGGUGGGCUUAAAGCCCAAGCCGUCUGACCCUCCCGCUCUCGCCCAUCACAAAAGUUCAGCCGACCACCCAGACGGAGAGCAGAGAAGGGUGGGAAGAAGUUUAAGUUUAGGCUCUGACAGAAGUCUGGUCCUAUGCAGUUUGCUCUGUGGCCCCUAGUCUGAACAUGUCCUUAAAUAUCUUCAGCUUUGCAGAUAUUUCAUUAUACUGUAGUACUGCCUUCAAAUAAGCUAAUGAUGAGCAUAUUUGCCUAUACAUUCUCUUGAAAAUCAAUGUUUUUAAAUAAGCAGUUCUAGGUUUGGGACUGUAUUUGUUUUUUUAUGUGUACUUACCUACAUUUUAUCACCCAUCUGCCACUUGAUAAGUAAAUCUAGCUUGUACCUUGUGCCCUCAGAACUGCUUUAUUUCUUCCUGGCAUUGAUUUAUCAAGUUACUGGAAACCAUCUGGCAAGCCAAGCCAUGUUCAAAGUCACCUAAAUAACUUUGCUCUGAUGCUUGGUUUGCAUUUUAGCAGAUUAUCUUGACCACGUCUACUUGGCAAUAUACAUUGCGUUAGUGUCAUGUAAUUGACUAAUAUGUGUAUUGAUGUUAUUAAGCAGUUUAAUAGUAAUGGGUAGAAAGGAAUAACUGGUAAGCCUUUCUUUCGCUCUGUUUUGUUUUGAAGCAUUACAUUUAUUGAGAAACUGGGGGAAGACUUGAACCUAAGGUGUGUGCAGAAGAAAGUGAAGGUGUUUUCUGCAGCAGCCUCUUAUACAGAUGACUGGGUGAAUGCAAAUGUUUAUGAGAAGCUCCUUCAGCAACAUGUGGUUCUUUCCCUGCAUUCAUCACUCCAUCAGCCAUCAACCUUCAUGCAGAAGUAUGAGCCCCAUCACAGCGAAAGAGAUAAAUAAAAUGGGGAUGACACAGUCCUGAUCUAGAUCUGAUUGAAAAUCUCUGGAAAAUCCUUAGUGGCAAAGUUAUGACAGAAACCCUCUACAGUUACCAAACUGCGGAGGAGGCUGAAUCAGCAGGUUUGUGCUGUGGUAAAAUAAAACAAUACUUAUUUUCUAUUAUAGAAUUGAUUUAAAAUUCUAUACUGCCAUAAUUUUCGUCUCGUUUUAAGACGCAUUUUAAAGUUCCCAUAAAUCCAAACGCUUCUGAGUGGACCUCCACCACACUGCUUUGCUCGGUCGUUUGGUUUCUGUGACUCAUCACGAGUCUGGCCGGUAAGAACAGCUUCAAACCAGUUCUUCAUAUCACCGGAUAAAAGGGCGCACGCUGAGAAAAAUACACGCGGUCACGGUCGUGCUCUAACUGCGACUUAAUAUUGAUAAAAAAUAAAAGAAGACCUGAAAAGUGCGUUUUAAUUUUGAAAGCACCUCUCCUGUCACCACUUCACUUUGCUCCUCUGGUGGUAAGACGCAAGUUCCCCAAUUCUUGAAAGAACAAAAUAUAGGCUUCUAUUAAGCACAUAUACUCUAAAGCACAGACGUGAAUGUUUGUUCCUGAUUUAAGUGGUUGUUUAUUGUCAUAAGAGUUGAGGAGAAACUUCAGCGCGCGUCUGUUGCGCCGCCGUGCGCGCACUGAAGAGAGAGAUAGGUGGGUGCGCGCUCUACAAACUGCACCAAUUCUCCUCGCGACUGCGGGAUUUAAAAAAAUGUUUUGGACGAAUAUAAAGGGAACAGGGCAGUCCGGUCGGUGGUCUCUCCCCCUUCUAGGUGUGGUCUGUGUUCAGGAGUGUUCAAAACGAGCCGGUGCGCGAUUCUGGGCUGGAGAAGGUAUUCAGCGGAGGAGCGCGUGAGAGACUGGCCUCUGGUCCAGCGGGCACGAGCGGUUCAGCGCUCUGCGAGUAAGAGCAACAUCCACCUGCACAGGUCUGUGUGUGAAGUGUAGUCAGUGUAACAUCAGUGCUGAGAAUGGCUGCUGUGAAGAGUGAGAGCACUUUAGAUGGUGGAUGGGGAUGGAUGAUUGUGGUGGCUUCAUUCAUGGCCCAGUUUCUGUCUUUUGGAUCCCCUCAAUCUGUUGGGGUGUUGUAUCCCGAGUGGCUCAGUGCCUUUCAGGAGGGAAAAGGCAUGACAGCUUGGGUCGGUUCCAUGGUGUCUGGGGUUGCGCUCAUCACUAGCCCGGUGUGCAGUGCCUGUGUGGAUAAUUUCGGUGCUCGACCGGUAACCAUCUUCAGUGGUGUGAUGGUGGCUGGAGGGCUGAUGCUGAGUGCGUUUGCUCCGAAUAUCUCUUUCCUCAUCUUCUCCUAUGGCAUUGUUGUAGGCAUGGGCUGUGGACUUGUCUAUGCUGCCACACUGACCAUAACCUGCCAGUACUUUGACAAGAGGCGAGGCCUGGCGCUGGGCAUCGUCACUACAGGUACAAGUGUGGGUGGCUUCAUUUACGCCACACUCCAGAAUGAGCUCAUUGAGUUGUUUGGUUUGGAAGGCUGUCUGCUUAUCAUUGGGGCGCUGGCGCUCAACUUGAUGGCAUGUGCUGGGCCAAUGCGACCUUUGAACUUACCUGGCUACUACCUGAAACAGAGAGCUGCUCUACAACGCACAGAGGACCCAGAACCACUCUAUAGCAAACCUACUGCCGUUAUCAUUGAGUCUGGAUCUGAUCUCAAAACCAAACCCGGCUUAGCCGAAAACACUACCACAGUGAAACUGUUGAUCAAUAAAGACCCCAUAGAGCUACAAGACAGUGAAGGAGAACGGAAAGUCCACAUAUUGUCCAGUUCAAUAAUAGCACGAGCCAUUAAGAAGUGGAUGCGUCCAUAUGGACAGUAUUUCUGCGAAACAGUAGAGCUCCUACAGGACCGGAUCUUCAUGGCUUUCUGUAUCGCCAUGUUUCUGUUUAGUUUAGGAGCAUUUCCACCUGUGCUCUUCAUGGAGGACGUGGCCCAGAGCGAAGGGCUUAUUGAUGGGAUUGCGCUGAUACCACUGGUCUCCAUUGUUGCGAUGACUACAGGCAUCGGUAAGCUGAUUCUGGGUGUGCUGGCCGACAUGCGAUGGGUCAACAGUCUGUAUCUGUACGCCCUGACACUCAUUGGCUCUGGAACGGCUCUGCUUCUCAUCCCUGUGUCCAAGAGCUAUUUGGGUCUACAGAUUCUUUCAGCCUCUGUUGGGUUUUUCUCAGGGAACUGGUCUCUUACAUCAUACAUCACUACCAAGAUUGUGGGCAUUGAACGGCUUGGUCAGGCGCAUGGGAUUCUCAUGUGCUUUGGAGGGUUUGGAAUUGCACUCGGGCCACCAGUUGUAGGUUGGUUCUUCGACUGGACUCAGUCAUAUGACCUGGCGUUCUACCUCAGUGGCACUUGUGUUUUAGUGUCUGGUGUGUUUCUGUUCUUGGCUGCACUGCCUUGCUGGAACAGGACGGCACAAGAGGGAAAUUCUCAAGCAGAAGAGGAUGUAAACACUUCACAACAGCACCACUCUUUUGACUGUGACAAAGUAGCCUCUGUGGCUUGAACAAUACUGCCCUUAACAUUUUGGUGAACAUACAGAUGCUUAUCUGCUUUUUCUUACCUGGCAAAUUGACAAGGGCAUUUUACUGAUGGUGCCAAUCGUUUUCUUUGGUUCAUUGUGAGAAGAUGUUUUUAUAUAUUUCCCACAACCUUGGUAUUUUUUAUUAUCAAAGGGUACAUUAGUUUUUUCCCUAGAUGCUCAUGAAGACUGCCUUAUUUUUGAGGCCUAUAUCUAUAGCAGAAGUUUAUAGUGUUGUUUAUAGUAUUUUCUGUAGAUUGAUAACUGGACACUGAUUAUUAUUAUUAUUAUUUUAUUAUUAUUAUUAUUAUUAUUAUUAUUUUAUUAUUAUUAUUAUUUUUGUGUAGACUUUAAUUACUUGACUUGUGUUAUUUUAUUCUUUGAGACGAAUGGACUCACUGAUUUCACCAACCAGUAAAAAUGCACAGUAGUUUCCCAUUAAUAAGCAUGCAGAAAAUUAUAGAGUGUGUGAAUGGGAAUUUUUACUGCAUAUAUAGCAUGAAACGCAUAGAAAAAAUGAUAAUCCAAAGAUUUCUUUCUUUUUUGCCCUGACAAGGACUUAAAACAAGUGUCAAAGACUUAAAACAGAGAGGAAAUGCACUUUUAAGCACUCUUAUAAAUGGCCAGUGACUGCACAGUAUUUUUCUACUUUUUUCCUGGUGCAUCAUCGCUUUUUAUUAUAACCAAAGUGACAAACAAUUUCAUUCAUCUAGAAAAAAGGCCUUAUUUUGAAAUUUACUUACUUUAGCCAUUUUUAAUGUUAAGACAUACCUCAGCAUCUUGGUCAUUUUGAAAAAUGAGAACAUGCUGAUGAUAAAAAGAGUCAGAAAAAACACAAAAACAGAAAGGCUGUGUGGCUGUAUUAUACUGUAUGUGUGUAUGUGUGUGCCUGGUAAUACAAAGUCAUCCUCCAUAGUUUUUUCAACAGGCUGGUCCCUGACAACGUUUUUGUAAAGUUACCAGUUCAGUAAUUUCUUUUUUAUGUUAGUAUAUAUUGUAUAAAAUAUUAGCGAAAGAAUGUUAAGUAGAGGCCACUACACUUGUGACCAAACACUUGCUUUGAGUCUUGAGUGAACAUUUGACAAGGUGCAUAAUAAUUAUAUAUAAAAUGUAACGUUGUGCCUUUAUAUAAUAUCUCAGUCUUGUUUGUUUUGUACUGUACCAUUUCUUCAUUUUUAAGUGAUAAUAAAACGAUUUCUAUGACAGGCAUGACAAUUUUACUACA